AUUUUUUUAAAAAAAAAAUUCUUGAGGUUGUCAAUUUGUCAUGAUUCGAGAUAUACAAAAAUCCAAAAAGCAAAGCAAGUCCCUUGUGCCAAAAUUUCCAUCACUAUCCCUCCCACCAAAGCACACGGCCCUUUCACGGCCUCUCAAUUUGGUCCACUCGAAAGACGACCUCAUUAAAAUUCCCAAACCACCCUCACAAAUCUUAUCCCCUUCUCGAGCAUUCAACCCCUUUCUUUAUGGUUUUUUUGACUUUCUCUGUCGCCUUUAAAAACGCGCUGCAGCCGUCUCUUAAACAAAAACAAAGUCUCCCAAGUUUAUUCCUAGUCCAACGCCGACCAACCCCCAAUUUAACCCCCCCAAAAAAAUUAAACAAUCCUUGUAUCAUCUCUCAAUCCUCAAAUGAACCCAAAUCUCUUCUCCUCUUUCGUCUUCAUUUUCUCAACAGCCUUAGCCUUUGCUUCUGCUGCUUAUGAUCCCCCAAUGAAACCUGAGCAGUACCCAAAAAUGGACUGCGCUCCUACAAGCUGCGGCAACGUCAAAAACAUAACAUACCCAUUUUGGGUUGAGAAGCAACAGCCUUCUCAUUGUGGGUUCCCUGCUUUCAAGCUCAGAUGCAAUGAUCAAACCCCAAUUCUUCGAACGUCCUCGGCUGACUACCUAGUUCGAGAAAUUUUCUAUGAGAACAAUUCUCUAGCGUUAGUCAAUUCAGCUUAUGUGUCCAAUCCUUGCCCAGUUCCUCACUCCAACUUGUCUUUCAGUCUCACUCCGUUUAACGUCAGAUCGGCGAGUCGAGAUCUUGUUUUCUUGUUCAAUUGCUCUCCUGAGAGCAAUUUUUAUAGGGUUGGUUGUGGUGCUAAUGAUACAUUUGCUUGCUGGGGUGAUGAGCUGGGUAGUUUUGUGAAUUGUGAGAGGGUGAUUAUGCCGGUUGUGGACUAUUCGAAUGGAGGUAAUGUGACGGAUUAUGCGAGGAUUUUGGGAGGUGGGUUCGUUGUGGAAUGGACUGCGCCGGAUUGUGCAGAGUGCAGGGAGAGCAAUGGGCAGUGUGGGUACAACAAUUUGAAUGAUAAUUUCAUGUGCAUUUGUCCUGAUAGAGCCCAUUGGAGGAGUUGUCAGCCAGAUAAAGGAAGUAACACAUCAAGGAACACAAUUAUCGGAGUAGGUGCUGGUGGUGUAGGAUUCUUGAUCCUUGGAUGUGUUCUAGUUAUUUUCUUGUACAAUCGCAGGAAAAAACAGCGUCAAUCUAGCUCAUCAAACCUCCUCUCUCGGAACACUUCUACGAAAAUGUCAUCCAAGAGAGACCCUGAAUUAGGUGACGGAAAUUAUCGUACGCACAUUUUCUCCUAUCAUGAGCUCGAGGAGGCCACCAAUGGCUUCAAUGCUUCCAGAGAGCUUGGUGAUGGUGGAUUCGGUACUGUCUACAAAGGUAAACUCAAGGAUGGACGAACAGUUGCAGUCAAACGCCUUUACGAGAACAACUAUCGCCGACUUGAGCAAUUCAUGAACGAAGUUGAUAUUCUCUCCCUUCUACGGCACCCGAACCUUGUCACCCUCUACGGCUUUUACGAAUUCGUUUCUAACGGCACCUUGGCUGACCACCUGCAUGGCGCCCUUGCGUCCAAAGGAGCACUCCUGUGGCCUACUCGGAUGUCCAUUGCCAUCGAAACCGCCGAUGCCCUUGCCUAUCUCCAUGCCAUCGAGCCCCAAAUCAUUCACCGUGAUGUCAAAACCAACAACAUCCUUCUCGACAGUAACUUCCAUGUCAAGGUUGCAGAUUUCGGUUUAUCGCGUCUAUUUCCCCUCGACGCUACACAUGUGUCCACCGCUCCACAGGGCACUCCAGGAUAUGUCGACCCUGAGUAUCACCAAUGCUAUCAGUUAACUGACAAGAGCGAUGUCUACAGCUUUGGAGUCGUACUGGUAGAACUCAUAUCCUCAAAGCCUGCUGUGGAUAUCAGUAGGCAUCGGCAUGAGAUAAAUCUGUCCAAUAUGGCGAUAAAUAAGAUACAAAAUUGCCAGAUUGAUCAGUUGGUUGACCCUGAUCUCGGAUAUCAGACACAUACUGAGAUCAAGGGAAUGAUCAACCAGGUGGCUGAGCUGGCAUUCCGGUGUCUACAGCCGGAUAGAGAUAUGAGGCCUUGCAUUAAAGAAGUUCUUGAGGUUUUAAACGGAAUCGAAGGUGGAGGACACAAUGGCGAUAAAGAGGUGGAGGUGACUCAAGUUCAGGCGAAGGAGGAGAGUCGUUUGCUGAAGAACGUUUCACCAUUUUCGCCGGAUACAGUUACAGAGAGAUGGUCGAGCGAGUCCACAACACCUAACACUAGUGGUUAAGGUAUAUAGCCUGUAUUUGCAUUUUGUUCGUUCAGAAUUGUCAGUUUGAUUAACAAAUGUAGAGUUGAAGCUUUUAUUGCUGUAGUUGAUGAAAUCAAGAGGAAUGUACAUAGUAAAUAGAGUUCCAAUCACAAUGUUAUGUAUACAUAUAUAUAAGUUUUCCGGAUUUUUGGUUAUUUGAUGGUACUAUUAGCCAUUUUUAUCUGUAAAUGUUGAUCGCUUGGAAAUGUAAACUUCGAACUAUCAGCCAUUUUUAUCUGUAAAUGUUGAUUGCUUGUAAAUGUGAUUUUCUAAGAACA